AUGGAGCUACUGGCAUAUGGGAUAAAAUUGGCAGGUCUUGAGGACAUUGUCAUUAUAACAACCUUCCUCGUUACUGACUCCAGUAAUGAGCGGAGGAACAGGAGAGCGGCCCCCGUGCAUCAGAGCAAAGCUCUGUCCAGGCCAGGAGCUUGGCUGAAUGACCGAAAGCAAAUGCUGAGGAAAGCAUGUGGGUACAAAAGAGCCUACGUGGUACUGCCGGCAGUGAAAGAUGCCAAAAGUGCCAUUGCUGUCAUUAACAAUAACAGCUAUCAAAAAACCCCAGAAGAACUAGAUGCAGUGGUGCAGUGGGGUGCAUUUUCUGAAGUUGUUUUGGCUGAAGAGAGGGCUAGUGGGAAACUAUUUGCAGUCAAGUGCAUUCCCAAGAAGGCACUGAAGGGAAAGGAAAGCAGCAUCGAGAAUGAAAUUGCAGUCCUGAGAAAGAUCAAGCAUGAAAAUAUAGUUGCCCUGGAAGACAUAUAUGAGAGUCCGAACCAUUUAUAUCUGGUCAUGCAAUUGGUGUCCGGGGGAGAGCUUUUUGACCGCAUAGUUGAGAAGGGGUUCUACACUGAGAAGGACGCGAGCACUCUGAUACGCCAGGUCCUGGACGCUGUGUACUACCUGCACAGGAUGGGCAUUGUGCACAGGGAUCUCAAGCCUGAGAACCUGCUUUACUACAGCCAGGAUGAGGAAUCAAAAAUCAUGAUCAGUGAUUUUGGAUUGUCAAAGAUGGAGGGUAAAGGAGACGUCAUGUCCACAGCCUGUGGGACUCCUGGAUACGUUGCUCCUGAAGUACUGGCCCAGAAACCGUACAGCAAAGCCGUGGACUGCUGGUCCAUUGGGGUUAUUGCAUACAUCCUGCUCUGUGGAUAUCCCCCCUUCUAUGAUGAAAAUGACUCCAAACUCUUUGAGCAGAUCCUUAAGGCAGAGUAUGAGUUUGACUCUCCGUAUUGGGAUGACAUCUCUGAAUCUGCUAAAGAUUUUAUUCGGAAUUUGAUGGAGAAAGACCCUAAUAAAAGAUAUACCUGUGAGCAAGCAGCACGGCAUCCUUGGAUUGCCGGUGAUACAGCACUCAAUAAAAACAUCCACGAAUCUGUCAGCGCUCAGAUCCGAAAGAACUUUGCAAAAAGCAAGUGGAGACAAGCAUUCAACGCCACGGCAGUCGUGAGACACAUGAGACGGUUGCACCUCGGCAGCAGCCUGGACAGCGCGAGCGCCGGCGUGUCGAGCACCCUCAGCCUCGCCACGCCGCUUCCCGACGGAGCGACCCGCAAAGAUUGUAUGUCUCCAUCCACUCUGUGUAGCUUUGUUUCAUCCGCUUCUUCAGGCGUUUCUGCGGUAGGAGGGAACCGGAGACCCAGACCCACCACCGUGACAACAGUGCACACAGGGAGCAAGUGACGGGUGCAGACCGGGAGCAGCGGCCCAGGCGUCCACGCCAGCAGCUUUUCUCAGAGCGAUCCCACCCUGCAUUGCGUGCUCAGCGAAGGACUAGAAGAAAGAAGAUUUUUUAUGGCCAUAUUUUAUACUGCAAUUCUGAAAUGUUUCAUUUAUCACAAACUGCAAUGACUCCGGGGGAAUGGAUCUAACAGUCUCUGGUGCUGUACAUAUAUAUACAUAUAUAUAAAUAUAUAUAUAUAUAUAUGUGAGUCUAGCAAUGUUUUAAUCAAUGAACAUUCAUUCUUUUCCCCAGUGAUUUACUCUUUUCUCAGUGUAGGUAACAGUAUAUGUUGUAUUUUUUUUCCAUUAACUACAAACAUCUCAACUGGAUUAUUUAAAUAGAGAUACUUUUCUGAGCAUUAUAUAUUUUUUUUCUUUUAAAAAGUACUUCCAGUAAUGUUCCUCCUUCCAGUUUGCUGGGGGAUAGGUUAUUUCUGUAGGUAGGAGUUUACAUUAACUUUGCAACACAGGAGGAUUGCAAUGGCAUGCCAUUUUUAACUCCUCAAAUUGGACUGCAAAUCUGUCUGGCUUUAGCAGAGCUGUUACUGCUCAGAUUAAGAAAAACUGCUGCUUUCCCUCCCCUCCUCCUCCUUGAAAGCCAUGGCGAGAGUUGAAUUGCCACCAGCUGGAAGUUCGCUCCUCUCUGGCCGAAUGUCCGUAGCACCGGGAAUGGGCAGCACCCCGCAUGUCAGAGGAGAGGCAGGUACCCAGCGCCUUUCAGGAGCGCGCCAGAGCUGAGCCAACGAAACGGCAGAGGAGAGUCUCAUUUUGCAGCUCUUAUCCCCUUCCGAGUCCUUUCGGGCAAAAGGAGAGGGGCCCCCAGUCCUAGUUUUACUCUGCCCCCCAGCUCACUGUGCGACCCGUGGCAAGACGUUU